GCUUGAGCAGGAUCAGUUCAGUCAUGUGCUAAGUACAAGUUUAGAACGCGGCUCUUUCAGCCGAUCUCAUUCGAAACGGCUGGCAUACUCUGCGCAAGUCACGCACGACCUUGAAGAGGCGCACAGCAUGUAUCAUCCGACGAUAUUCUCGCGUAAAUAGCUCACGCGCAAGGCCUCAGAAAAAGAUCGGCGUGCUUCCAGCAAAGCGUGAGCUCUACACUAAAAAUGCUCAAGCGCUCAUCGGUCCGAGCCACGGACGAGGACGCGCCGUGCGCCAUCAAAGUGGUGGUGCGUGCCCGUCCGCUCAAUGAGAGGGAGCUGCAGGCCAAGACUUCCGUCGUUGUGAGCGUCAGUCGCACUGGAGUCCAAGUGGUGAACCCCAUAGUGUUCGCCGACCCGUCGAUCCUCGAAGCAGCAGGCUCGAGUGGCACUUCGUUGGCUCUCAGUCCUGCGAUCAUCACAGCCGCGACUACAACGGGUGAAUGCCGCACAUUCCACUUUGAUCGAUGCUUUGGGUCAAGUGACCAAAUUGAUGUGGACGAAGAGACGCAGAGACCAAAUCAGGAACUUAUUUUCGACGAAAUAGGUCAGUCUGUGAUCGAGUCGGCAUUUCAGGGCUUCAAUUGCACCAUGUUUGCAUACGGUCAAACUGGAAGUGGCAAGACCCAUACAAUGGUCGGAGAUAAGACUGUUACUGGUAAAGGAGUGAUCCCUAGAGUCUGUGAAGCUUUAUUUCAAGAAAUUGACUCUCGCCGUGAAAAAGAGGCUUUAAGUCAGGAGCAAAAUGGCGACUCUGGGGUCAAGAGGACCAUUUACACUGCUCAUGUGAGUUACUGUGAAAUUUACAAGGAGAAAGUGAACGAUCUACUGGAUACGGAGGGGAACGCGGCGUUGGAGAAGCAGAGACCGUCAUUUACGACUCAGACACAGAAUGUCGAUGCUGAAGCGAGUGUUAACAGACGUACUCUAAAAGUUAGAGAGCAUCCGGUUACGGGACCUUUUGUGGAGGGACUCAGUAUCCGCUCCGUAACGUCAUAUGCCGAUAUUGCGGAAGAAAUGCUGGCUGGAGAGAAGCUUCGUACAGUGGCGUCGACGCUAAUGAACGCCGUAUCUUCUCGCUCGCAUGCAGUUUUUACGAUCACGAUCACUCAGACGACGUUCGAUCCGAUUUCGCAGUGUGCGAACGAGAAGACCUCAAAGAUUAGUAUGAUCGACCUGGCUGGCUCAGAGCGUGCAAAUGUGUCGGGAACGAGUGGUGACCGACUCAAAGAGGGUGCUAUGAUCAACAAAAGUCUCACUACACUCGGACGUGUCAUCUCAGCGCUCAGCAAACAAGCUGCAGAUAGGAUUCCUUACCGAGAUAGUACGUUAACGUGGCUAUUGAAGGAAAGCUUGGGAGGAAACGCGAAGACAACGAUGUUCGCUAUGAUAAGCCCGUCUUCAGACAACUAUGACGAGACAAUGAGUACACUGCGGUAUGCCGAGUCUGCAAAGAAAGUGAUGAACCGCGCCGUUGUGAAUGAAGACAAGAAUGCUCGAAUUAUUCGCCAGCUACGUCAAGAAAUCGAGGAAUUACGAGCCCAACUUGCAAGAAAAGAAGGCAGUCCAGACUCAGAUCAAGUGAGUGCCAGCAUUUCCGCUAGUUUGGUCGAGCGUGAAUCCUUCUACGCGGAACUGCAGAAGGAGGUCGAGUUUUUCCGCGCGCAACAGAAGAACCUGACUGAGAACCCAGCAUCUCGCGCUAUUCACUUAAGCGACAGCCUCCCGAGUUUAGUGAACUUGAGCGCCAAUUUGGUCCCAGGCGAAGCAUUAGCGUAUGUUCUUGUAGAAGGAACCACGCUAUUCGGAUCUGAUCCAAACCCAGACAUGACCAAGUACGAGACCGUCGAAGUAACUCACGACCACGAUACAACGGAAGAGAAAAACGCAGAAAGCACGGAAAAGUCUCCUAAGCCUAAGAAGCGACAUGGUUCAUGGACUUCGACGAUGUUACGGCGACGUAAAAACUCUUCAAAGAGCGCUCCUUCAACUCCUAGUGGCAAAGCGGGGCGAAAAUUGGAUGCAGCUGAGAUCGCCUUGGCGCUAUCAGCGGAUAAGCGCUCGGUCAUGCAAAUCUGUAAACUUCCUGGAGGCGAUGUGAGCAGAAUUCUACCUCGUCAUGCUCGGUUUACGUGUACAAGAGCACCCAGGGAUCAGGAUGUUGCGAGUGAAGAGAAUUCUCUUGAAUAUAUCGUGGAGGUCGAGUCACUAGACCCUACAGCGAUACUAUUGGUGAAUGGUGAGCCUCUGGAGUACGGCAGUGAACAUCCCGUGAGGCUUCACCAUGGUGAUCAAGUUCGACUGGGGAAACCCUAUUGUUUCCGUAUUCACGUACCUGGACAUGCUACAUCGACCACCAGAAUUGCAGAGGCGGUCGAGCAACCGCCUGAGCUGGAGAUUGACAAAGACGAAAGUCGAGAGCUUGAAGUGUUGGUAGAAGAAGCCAAUGCAAUUUGUACGAAAUGGCUGCUAAACACAGAAUUUUCGGUUGCCAAAGAGGAGAAACCGGGAACUGUGAUCGUGAAGAAGAAAUUGGAGGCUCAAUGCUGCAGUACUGUGCACUGGGACCGCACGAUGUUGGAGUUGAAGCUCCAGUUCUUGCGAGAGUUCGCAGCAUCUCUGGAAAAUGUGGUGUCCUUUACAGUCGAGGAGACUCCAAAGAUCGAGGAUUUACAGGAUUUACAGAUCGCGGAACCCUCUCCUAAAGUCGCUGCAUCACGGCGUCCAAGUGGAUUAUCUGAGCUCGAGAGAAAGCCUUCGUAUACUGAAGAACAGCACAAGAAAGCUGAGAAGACUCAACACAAGCCACAGGUCCAAACGACGCCUUCGUUACGUCUUCUAGGCUAUGGAAGACUGCAUCUAGCAGCUCAAUCGCCAGGCUCGUCGGUGUCUUUAUCCGUCGCUAUCUACGACUUCACUGCAGCGUUUAUAGGAAAUCUUGAAACGCAGUUGGAAGGGAUCUCAGAGGCUGGAAAGAAGAGAGGAAUUCUGUCACCAAAAGAGCCAACAACGUCGAUUCAUCGCAUUCGGGUGCAUCUUGGUAAGAUGAAAUUUGACGCUGGGACCUUCGUGUCUGCCUCGAAUAUUUCUAUUACGUUAAAGGAGACGACUACCAAGGCUCACUUGAAGAAUCCAGAGAACAAAGAAUCGUCUGAAGAAGGCCAUGCACCCAAGAUCUUCUCAACGCCGCGAGUGCCACCAAUGCAGACCUCAAAUAACGAUAGCGAGUCCACAGAGAGAGAUCAAAAGACCUUCUUGAUCAACGAAAACUUCGAAACAGCCAUCACCGCGAAGAAGAAACAGUUAUUUAACCAACACACAGCUGAAGAGGAGUCUUUACUCGUAGAAGUGUGGGGAUACGACGUCAAGACUCGCUAUUUGGCGCCCCCAACGGAUGAGGUGAAGGAUGCUACAAUGGAGUUUCAGCAGGUGGAAUUCUACGUCUCUGUCGACGUCGAGGAGCGGGAAGUGGACGGACUGUAUCAUUCCGUCGCUGUCAAGCCCGACGGAGCGCUACGUCUCCACGCUAACCGGUCUCGACGACUCAUAGUUCGCGUGACGCAGUCAGAUCAACAGCCAUUCGCGUUAUCGGAGAUCGUGCACGUUCGCAUCGCUGCUCCAGAUGCUCCUUCAGUGAAUCGAACCGCGUCAAUGUCGAGAAUGAUGGGCAAGACAACACAACGGAUGCUGCCGUCGUCUCGUAUGCUGUUUGAACAUCGCGAUCAGUCUGCGUCCGGCGAGUCCCAGUCGCUUGAAUUGGGCUCUACAAGGUGGCAAGUGCUUGAAUUCCGAGGAGAUUGCGGCGUUGAUAACCCCAGUCGAUCGCUCACCGCUGUUCUACGAUGGGAUCAUGCUCCUGACAGUGACCUGGAGCCGAUUAACACAGCGGGAUCUCGCUCAACAUACCGUCUAGCUAUCGCGUUUACAAGUCACUGGUCGAAUGUACCCAUUGUCAUCUCGAAAGGUCUAGUCGCUAAGGUCUGUGGCAGCAAUGUGUCAGCCGCGCAGAGGUUUACGCGUGGGUUGGUAGCUUCACGUACAGUGUGGUGGGCCAAGGAGAGCUACAGUCGCAGCUAUCGACUGGGAACCUGGUACGCCGCAGACAUUAUGGUCGAUGAUUCGUCGUUAGAUGACAACCCAGCGAGUGAAAAUGAGCCUGAACGUGCUGCCUCAUUGAACGACGUGGUGAUCGCGCAUCACAUCAGUGGUUUACAUCGACUGGAGAUCACAAUGCAAUUGGAACGUGUACGACAGAAAGUGUGGAUCAUGAUGAAUCUGCGUACAGAAAGUGGUGGCACUGCGUUGAAUGAGCCUUUGACUGCAGUUAAAGUGAAUCUGUGCUUGGUCGAGCUCUUCAAACGGAUGGACGAUGAUGUCCAAGUGUUCGAGUGCGUACAAUUCGAGUCAUCGGGAUUUUAUCUUCGUCAUUUAAGAAAAAACGACCUGCUCAUGAAUCUUUUGACUGGAAAAUUGGUGGAUCUUGGAACGGUGACGGGCGUUGAGAGCUCAGCAGAGAAGUCCAAACACUCGGCGCUUAAGCGUAGAGAGCACGUGAUUCACUUCGUGUCGGAACCUACUCAGCUGGUAGGCGGCGAUCAACUGGGAGGCGAAAUGAGUGGCUUUUUGAUGAUUUCUCUAUCGUAUGAGGAGACUGCUGCUGCGGUCGUUGCACCGUUAGGCACCUCAGUGAGAUCGAAGACGCCUCCUAAAGCUGGUCAGAAUGUCCUCUGGGAGCGACAGUGGUUCGUGUUGAAGCGGCCGUUCCUGUACUCGUACGUGAGCUUCGCACGGAAGCAGCAGACUGGGGUCAUGGAUCUGUCCAUGUGUCAGUUGACUGUAGCCACUUCAUCCGAGAUGCCGUUCUCGUUCCGUCUAGUGUGUGCUGAUGGGAGAAAGCAGUCUGCUGUGUGGUGGCUCCAGGCUUCAACAGCUUCGGAGAUGCGAGCGUGGCUUGUAGCAAUCGAUCCACUCAAGAUUGAAGCGAGACAGAGCGUUGCUUCCACGCUAUCUGCAGCUGAAAUACCGGCACUCACAGCGUGAGAGGUGUCGAGGAAGAAAGAAAAAUAAGUAAAUUGCAUGCGUGCACUCAUUCGUUAGUUCUCUAGAUUACCUAAGAACAGAGUUGACAUCAUUUUCCAUGACUUUGAUUUUCA